AACUGCCCGUUUACGUGUCCUUCAACCUAUAAAUACCUUUCUUCUCCACUUUCUACAUUCAUCUUCAAUCCAUUAACUGCAUCCUUUUACUAAAAAAACAGAGCAAAUUUCUUCCAUGGCUGACAUUGCAAUUCUGGUUGCUGAGGAGUACGAAAGGAGAGUGAAGAAUUCAAGAAAGCUAUCUAAAGCUUCAGAUUCAGAGAUGGAGGUUGUGAAUUGGGUUUCUUUCUUGGCUCAGAAUGUCAAGGACAAGGUUAGGGUUAGGGUUGCCGAAGAGAAUAUUGAAAUUCCCAAGUGGAUUUUGGAGCCCAAGUCCCAAGUUGGUGUUGCAGCUUCUAAUGGAUUCUUCUCUGCCUGACUUGUUUCUUAAAUAUUUUGGUUUGUGAUUCUGUACAAAUUUUAUGUUUGCUUGUUUCGAUAUAGUAAUACAUGAGAAAUUAAUGUCA